AAGCUUCGUUUUUUAGCUGACGAGGUCAAAUUGGCAAAGAAAAUCCCUUGGAGAAACUUUUACAUCGUGCUAAACGAAGAGCCACAAAAUCGAAGUAAGGACUUUAAAAGUUGUAAUUUUUUGGACCAGAAAUAGGCCCAAUUAGACAGCUUGAUAUUCCUGAGUGACUGCUUCUUUUCUUCCUACUAAGAUCAUUUCGGAUGGGCCAACAGACCAACCUAUAUUAAAGCUGGGUUAUCUUUCAUCACUCCUGAGAGCAAACCAAAAUGUAUGGGUUCAGCUGUACUCCCUAAUAUUGAGCCUUGGCCCAAUAACGCAAUUUAGACUCGUGUUGAAGAGGUAAAACGAUUCCGGACGGCGAGGCGACAUUGUUUAUUUAUUUAUUUAUUUUUUGAUUCAAUACACAGCUUUAACGCAAAGCAUAAUCUUGUGGUAAACCAUAAACUUAAAACCCCAAAAAUGGAUCGUCCCCAGGACACCUCCGAGAACCCUAAUGAUGUCGUUUCUGCAGACGACUCCUCACCGGAAAACACCAACCCCGAAGACCAAGAAAACCCCAAUGCGACACUCGACCCUCCUAUUUCGGAUUCCCAAGAUGAAUCCUCCGACCCCGUUCCCGACGAACAACCCCAAAACACUAAUUCAAACCCCACCGAGCCUGGUCCACCUGUUCGUAGACGCCGCCGCAGAAAGCGUUUCUUCACUGAACUCAUUGCCAACCCAUCGUUUUCGAAGAACCGUCGCCCUCGAAUAUCAGGCCUCGCUAAAGAAAUGGACACUGAAGCUUUAAUCGCAAUCUCCGUCGGUUUCCCUGUUGAUUCGCUUACAGAAGAGGAAAUCGAAGCCCAUGUUGUGUCCAGAAUCGGAGGCCAAGAGCAAGCUAACUACAUCGUUGUAAGAAACCACAUACUCGCUCGUUGGAGAUCCAAUGUAUCUGUCUGGUUGACGCGUGAGCACGCGCUUGAAUCAAUCCGAGCUGAGCACAAAAACCUAGUGGACGCAGCGUACAAUUUUCUUCUUGAACACGGUUACAUUAAUUUUGGUUUAGCCCCUGCUGUUAAAGAAGCGAAAUUGACGUCAUUUGAUGGUAUGGAGAGAGCCAAUGUGGUGAUUGUGGGUGCUGGUCUCGCUGGUUUGGUUGCGGCGAGACAGUUAGUUUCGAUGGGGUUUAAAGUUGUCGUCUUGGAAGGUAGGACGCGCCCUGGGGGGCGCGUGAAGACAAGGAAGGUGAAAGGUGAUGGGGUGGUGGCUGCAGCGGAUCUUGGUGGGAGCGUUCUCACCGGAAUAAACGGGAAUCCACUUGGGGUUCUUGCAAGGCAAAUGGGAUUACCUCUUCAUAAGGUGCGAGAUAUUUGCCCUUUGUAUUUGCCAGAUGGAAAGGCAGUAGAUGCUGAUGUUGAUUCUAGGGUAGAGGUUUCUUUUAAUAAGUUAUUAGAUAGAGUUUGUAAGCUUAGGCAUUCUAUGAUUGAGGAAGUUAAAUCAGUUGAUGUUUCAUUAGGGACCGCACUAGAAGCCUUUAGGAAUGUUUACAAGGUAGCUGAGGAUUCACAGGAGAGGAUGCUGUUGAAUUGGCAUCUUGCAAAUUUAGAAUAUGCUAAUGCUUCCUUGAUGGCUAAUUUGUCAAUGGCAUAUUGGGAUCAAGAUGAUCCGUAUGAGAUGGGUGGUGAUCAUUGUUUUAUACCUGGUGGCAAUGAGAGGUUUGUUCGAGCACUUGCUGAGGACCUUCCCAUUUUCUAUGGGAGGACUGUGCAGAGUAUCAGUUACGGCAUUGAUGGGGUUAGGGUUUAUGCUGGUGGACAGGAAUUUCGUGGGGAUAUGGCUCUUUGCACCGUUCCAUUAGGAGUUCUCAAGAAGGGAUCAAUUGAAUUUGUUCCUGAGCUUCCGCAAAGAAAGAGGGAUGCUAUUCAGAGACUAGGAUAUGGGUUGCUGAAUAAGGUUGCAAUGUUGUUUCCAUACAAUUUUUGGGGUGGAGAGAUUGAUACUUUUGGCCAUCUGACAGAAGAUUCGAGCAUGAGAGGCGAGUUCUUUUUGUUUUAUAGCUAUUCUGCUGUGUCAGGAGGACCACUUCUUGUUGCUCUUGUUGCAGGGGAUGCAGCAAUUAAGUUUGAAACGAUAUCUCCUGUUGAGUCUGUGAAAAGGGUAUUAAACAUAUUGCGAGGGAUUUUUCAUCCAAAGGGGAUUGUUGUUCCUGAUCCUGUUCAAGCUGUUUGUACCCGGUGGGGGAAAGAUUGCUUUACGUAUGGAUCCUACUCUUAUGUUGCUAUUGGUUCAUCAGGGGAUGAUUAUGAUAUUCUUGCUGAGAGCGUUGGAGAUGGCAGAGUUUUCUUUGCAGGUGAGGCAACUAACAAGCAGUAUCCUGCGACAAUGCAUGGAGCUUUUCUAAGUGGCAUGAGGGAGGCUGCUAACGUACUUAGAGUUGCCAGGAGGAGGUCAUUGACUCUGACUGACAAAGUUAAUAAUGAUACCGAUGAGAACUUUCUUGCUCUUGUACGCGGGGGGAUCAUUCAAGUUAAGACAUUUAAUAACGCCAAAGAAAUGCUUAUGUGUCAUCUCUGAUCUGCCGGAAUCAACCACACGAAGUAAUUAGUCAGAUUAUUUUCUUGGCAGAAUUAAGUGGGGACUGGCUGCAUUAACUAGAUAAGUAAACUGACCAAUUUAGAAUGCAAGAGUUAUUAUACUAUUCUGCAAGUGUCACUCAGGUGAAGGACCAGAAUAGUUAAUGCUUGAAACUAUUUAAUGAGUGUUGGCUUUGGAAAGAUUAAUUUGAUUUGCAAAUGAAUGGUACUACUCGUUCGAGAUGAUUUAUUUAGAUUCCACUUGCAGCUAGAGACGUAGCAACCAGAGAGUUAUGUAUAUGUUAGCCACAUGAUCAAUUCGAACAUGAUGCGCAAGAGCAACGAGAAUCUGUCCUGGUUUAGUCUGUCCGGCAGACAUGGUUACAGUUAACGGAGUAUUUUAUAUUUCUCCUGUACAGUUGAAAACUUUAUCCCAGGGUCAUGCCAAUGCUAAUGGAGCAACAAGCAAUUCCCUCAACAACCUACAUUAUCUAAGUUAAUCAUUUGGGGUUUUUUUUUCAGUGCAUUUAAGGUUCAUGAAUAUUAAAGCAAAAGGAUAGCGUGAAGUUCUAUGUAUUUCACACGAUUCAUUGGAUCCAAAUUCAGAAUC